AUGCGAGUUCUUGCAAGUUCGUUGAUCGUUUUAAUUAUUGAGGCCUUGUGCGCGGCCGGAAAGCGGUGGUCAGGACCGCUGGGAUGCUCGAGGGUGUCUGGCGGCGCUGCUGCCUGCAGCUGGAGCCCCGGGCCUCGGGUGCUGCAGCAGGGCGUUGAAGAUAGAAGCCGCGCUCUAUCUGUUGGGUUUCCCAGUUUGUCGUCAGGCGCAUUAAUAGGAUUUAUUUGCAAAAUCGGGGAGAGAGAGGGCAGGGAGCUGGUCAGGGGACGGGGGCGCGUAUCCUGCUGCGGGAGCAGCGGCCGCAGCAGCAGCAGGAGCAGCAGGGUGCUGCUGCUGCGGGGGUUUGCGGGUGCGUGUGGAGGGGUGCACUAG